AUGCGAGUAGCUGCUCCUUCAGCACAUUACAUAGUCUGCGAACAGGUUCAGGAAGAGAUAAUAGCUUUCGCAAAAACCAAAGCCUCCUACUCACCGGUUGUGGCUGACUUUGCCAACUUCGUUUCAUCCAACACGGCACGCAAGCUCGCUCUUGCAGAUCCCACCCCUUCGACCGAUCUCAUUGGUCGCCUCACUUUCCCCAAGCCGACCGCCGUCGCCUGUUCCACAGAGGCUGCCAAGGUGCUGGUUUCGUCUCAACAGCUUAACGCCAUCCUCUCAGCCGUUCUAUCAAAAUAA